AUGUACUUGCUCCGCCUCGCUUUACUGAGUAUCCCGCGGCGACCCAAGCUCAACCCACUCGGAAUCAAACCGAAUUACAAUGCAGCUGCGCAGCCCCCGAAAACCCACCAAAUACUGUCCGACACACAGUGCCUCCUGCUCGACCCUCAGCUGUUGGCUUUGUUUGAUCCUGAGCUCUACGGGAAGUCUUCGUGGGGGCCUAAUGAGCAACAAGUGGAUGAUCUCGACACUCUGCUCAAGCAAACUCGAGUGCAAAGUGACCAUUCCUACCAAGCUGGGACGCUAUACCUUAUUAGUAUGGUCCAAACUAUGAUACCGUUGCCUUUCUUCGCAUACCAACAGUGA